UUUUCAGACAAAGGUAAACAACCCUUUCCGCUAAUGUACCACGUUGCUUGUAUAGGUGUGGCUUUCUUAAAUCAUUUCCUGUUUUUAAAGCUUAUAUGAGCCUUUUUACCAUCUGCAAAUUGACUUCUAAUUCAACUUUAUUUUUACGUUCGUUUUACAAUCAAAACAUUAUAUCUUUUUCUAAUAAAUUGUGCGCAAAUAAGUUUACAAUGGAAGUUGCUAAUGGGGUUAUUACCAAGCCUUAUCAAAAUGGAAUUUCCAGCUUGAAAUCAGAAAAUGUUAAAUGGAAGAGUGAGAAGAAGUUUGAAAGUCUUCCUCGUCCCAUUGCCGUAUGUGGACCUUCAGGAAGUGGCAAAUCCACUCUUCUAAAACGUUUCUUGGCAGAGUACAAAGACUAUGUCGAAUUUAGCAUUUCUCAUACCACAAGAAAGCCUAGACCCAAUGAAAUCGAUGGAAAAGAUUACCAUUUUGUAAGUCGAGAAGAUAUGGAGAAAGCUAUUGCGAAUGGCGAAUUUUUGGAGCAUGCCGAAUUCUCAGGAAAUAUCUAUGGCACUUCGAAAAAUGCUGUUAAGCAAAUCUUGAAGAAUGGAAAACUUUGCAUUCUGGAUGUAGAAAUGGUAGGAGUGAAAAAUCUGAAAAAAACUGACUUGAAUCCAAAAUUUAUCUUUGUCAAAACACCCAGUAUUGAAGUUCUGGAAGAACGUCUCAGAAACAGAAACACAGAAUCUGAAGAAAGCCUCCAAAAAAGACUGGCUAGAGCUAAAGAAGAGUUAGUGUAUGGUGAAACUCCUGGAAAUUUUGAUCUUGUUCUGGUGAAUGAUGAUUUAGAAGAAGCAUAUAAACAGCUGAAAGAGUUUUUGCUUCAUGACAUUGAAAAUUUGAAGAGAAGAAUGCACCACUAACGAUCUGUGUGCGCAGCUGUGUACAUAGUGUAUUUCAUCUGUAUAUUUCUCUUCCACAUCAUCAUUCCUUGUCAUAUCAUCUACUAUUUAUUUCUUUUGUGAUAGGCUUUGCAUGGGCCCAUUUCACUGCUCUCAUCUAGGACAAGAUCUGCAAACCUGAACUUAUUGGACUUUAAUGCUUAGUUCUUAAGUUUCUGAUGUCUCGCAAAUCAUUUUCUUGUUUAUUGGUCAUAAAGAAAAAUUUGAAUAUAAUUAUUAAAUUAUACAUUUCUCAUGAUAUUUUAUAACUUCAUGGCCUUUUCUUCCUAUGUAUUAUGAUUUCAUCUACUUAAAUGAUAUUUUAAAAAGUGAAAUGUCUCACUUCAAUAUGACUGCUAUUGUAAAAAUAUUAUGAAAGAUAUAUUGCAAAAUUUUGGAAAAUACUCAAAUUAUUAUGCUUUAAAGGCUAUAAAAUUUGUUAGAGCUAAUUUUUUUUAUUAUUCUGAAUCUUCUAAAAUGUAGUUACUACUUAUUACAUUUGAAUUGAUAUUUUAAUAUUUAAUCUAUCAAGAUUGAAUUUUUUUUAAAUAGACUGUGAUAAUUAUAAACAUAUUUUCUUUUAUACUCAAACUAUCUGACGACAUAAUUUCUUUGUAACAUCUGUAAGCUCUACUAUAUAUUCUUUAAAAAUUAAUUUGCAUAAUUGCAAAAAAAUAUUGUUGAAAUUAGUCACUAUAAUAUAAAUAUCUUCUUGCUUAUCACCAGCUUAGUACUGCAUUUAAUUUAAAAGAAUUUUCACUAUCUUAGUAGAGCUCAGAACCAACGUCAAGUAGACUUGUGUGUAUAUAAAUGCAUUUGUAGAUAACGCUGUCAAUAGAUGCAUUCUUGGUAAAAUGUUUGUAAUAUUGUAAAGUUUUUGUUUUCUGUUGGUGUGUAGGCAUUUUGUAUGUUUUAUAAGACCUUGGAACUAUGUUCUUCAAUGACUUUUGUUUUAUUCAUACAUAGAAUAAAAGUGCUAACUUAAGAUAAA